AAAGGCAUAACAGCGGAAGUAGAAGCCAAAUGUGGGGUUUUUUUGUCUCCUGAAGUGGAAGGGGUGAGGCCCUUCCCUUCCUUUGAGAAGAAGGACCCCUUCAGGAAUUGAAACUUGGUUGUUGUUACUAUUGUUUUCCCCUGUUUGCCCAGCUUUAUGGAUUGUGGGGCUCUUAAGCGCCAGCUCACCCAACACCAUGCGGUGCCUCCUCCUCAGCCAAGACAAGCGUCAUGAUCCAAUUGUGCUACCACAUGGUACGACUGUAAUUCUGGGCAGGGGACCUGCGACGCGCGUCACUGAUAAGAAAUGUUCUCGAACACAAGUGGAAUUGCUGGCAAAUUAUACCUACCGAUCAGUUCGAGUCACACAGCGUGGGGUGAACCCGACAUCAGUGGAGGAAAUACAUCUGCGCUGUGGCGAUAGCACAACACUCCAGGAAGGAGAGACUCUGUGCUUAGUAAAUGGAUUGUACCCUUACUGCAUCCAUUUUGAGCAAGAUUCCAGCUCCUCAAAGAAAAACCUGCUACACUUCUUCGGUUCCAAACAUUCCCUGAAAGAAGAGAAGGAGGAUGACAAAAAGGCCCAAAUAGCCAAGCGGAUCAAGCCUUCCUCUCCUUCUGAGGAUGAGGAAGAUGACGAUGACUCCCGUGUGACUGAGAAGCUGAAGCAGCUGCAGGAGACAGCAGCUAGGGCAGAACAGGUCCUCCCACCACCUCAGCAGCAGCCUGUCUCCAAGAUGGCUCCCCAGCCCUAUGACUCCUGGGAGGACCAUGGCAAGCUCCUGGUCUUCACAAAGAAAGGAGUGGUGCCUAGCACUAAAGUGGCAGGCUUUGACCUGGAUGGAACCAUCAUCACUACACAAUCUGGGAAAGUGUUUCCAACCAGCCCUGAUGACUGGAGGAUCCUGUACCCUGAGGUUCCCCAUAAGCUGAAACAGCUUCAAAGUGAGGGUUACAAGCUUGUGAUCUUCACCAACCAGCUGGGCAUUAGCCGUGGUCGUCUCAGACCUGAAGUUUUCAAAGCCAAAGUGGAAGCUGUGAUUGAGCGGUUGGGAAUUCCACUGCAGGUCUUUGUGGCAACCAGUGCUGGCAUUUACCGUAAACCUGUCCUUGGCAUGUGGGAUCAUUUGUGUGAGAAGGCAAAUGGUGGCUUAGCAGUUUCUUUGCAAGAAAGUGUUUAUGUGGGAGAUGCAGCCGGGCGUCCACCAAACUGGGCCCCUGGCCAUAAGAAGAAGGAUUUCUCUUGCAGUGAUCGCCUGUUUGCUCUGAAUGCUGGGCUACCCUUCUACACCCCUGAAGAAUAUUUUUUGGGCUGGAAAAAAGCUUCAUUUGUGCUCCCCAAUUUUGACCCGCGGACCCUUGAUCCCAAGGCAUGCCUAUAUGAUCCUCCAGAGGCUUGCCUGGCUUCAUCUUCCCCAGAACUGGUUGUGGCUGUUGGCUUCCCUGCUGCUGGCAAGUCAACUUUUUUGAAGAAACAUUUGGUCUCUGUUGGUUAUGUUUAUGCCAACCGGGACACACUUGGUUCAUGGCAGAAGUGUGUAGCUCUGUGCCAGGCAUCACUGCAAGCUGGGAAGAGUGUAGCAGUGGACAAUACCAAUCCUGACGUAGAAUCUAGACACAGGUAUAUUGAGUGUGCCAAGGAGGUGGGUGUCCCCUGCCGCUGUUUCCUCUUUACUGCUUCAUUGGAACAAGCCAAGCAUAACAACAGAUUUCGGGAGAUGACGGAGAAGGGCCAUGUGCCUGUUAAUGAUAUUGUUCUGAACACUUAUAAGAGUAAAUACAUGGCACCAUCAUUAGAAGAAGGCUUCUCUGAAAUCCUCAAGAUUCAUUUUGUACCUAAGUUCACAGACUCUCAAAUGGAAUCACUGUACCGUCAGUUUUCAGAAGGAUGACAGCAAACUAACAGUGCAUCAGCAUCCUGGCCUUGCUAUUUAACACCAUGUCUGACCAGGCCCUUAGGAAAUGUGCUCCUGUUGCUAUUUAGGCAUGAUUAUGGAGUGUGAGAGCUUCCCCUGCUGGUCAGAGGGAAACAAGCAUAUGAUUGCUCCUUGCCUUUGGAAGAUUUUUUUUAGAAACCAAUGUGAAAUAAAGUUGUAUAACCUAAAUA